GCCGGGGCGGUGCGGAGCGGGGCCAGGGCUGGCCGCGCUGUUCGCCGCGCUGCCACUGGGGGUAUCUUUGUACCAUUUUUCAUCCAGCAGCAAUUUGGAGUGGAAACGUGUAAUAGGAGGGGGGAAAAGGAAAAAAAGAAAAGAAAAAAAAAAAAGGGAAAAAGGAGGAAAAAAAAAAAAAAAAAAAAAAAAAAAGCAAGGCUCUCGGCGGUUCGAGCGAGCCGUGCAUCCAGGAGCCAAAAAAGAUUAACACCCCCCGCACCCCCUCCCCGCACACACUCACGGACACACACACACGCACCCCUCGGGGCACCGUCGCGGCUCCGAGAUCAGCCGCCGGACAUCAAGCGAAAGGGAUUCGUCUGGAGGGCAAUUUCGGAUCGGGGGAGAUCUAUUGGAUUAGUAGGAUUAUCUGCUUGCAGACGAAGAGAAGUAGCGUUUGAUCAUUUCUAUUGCUUGCCUGAUGGUCGGAUUUAAAUGGAGGUGGCUCGGCACGGAUGAGGCUGAAUUCCGGAUGGGGAUUUCCAGCUCCCCCCUCCCCUCGCCCCGAUCCGAGGAAAGGGGAGAAAAAUAUAGACAAAUCGAUAUAAUUCGGAAGUGUCCGGGGCACGAUUGAGAAGCCUCCAGCUCGCAGCGGCUGGGAGCGAGCCGGAGGAGGCGAAUCCAGUGAAUUACAGUUUCAGCUGCGAUUGCAGAAAAGCGACCGUGAACUGGAUAUAGACCUGCAGCUAACUGGAUUUGAUUUAUAAGAGGGGAUUCUGCGGUAAAUGGCUGCUCUCUUCAUAUGGCUGCUAUGGAAAACAGAAUUGUCAAUAGGAUGUAGCCUGAUAAAUAGUGCUGAGUGAAGAUGCAGCUUCAAUAAGUGUGAAAUCAAUGGAAGAUACUUACGGCGUGAAAAGCCUUCUGAGAUUUUUCUGACAGGCACCUAUUUAGGAAACUUGAUCUGUUUCCUUCGGUUGCCCUGUUUUUACACCAGUGGAUACAAACCAGGAUUGCUUCAUUCUAGUUACACAACUAAUGUGGGACCAUGGCCUUUCCAAGAUCCAUGUGGCUGAACUGUAUAUGGAGAGCGCUGCUAGUCCGCCUGUUGCACAUGGGAUUGAAUGCCACUUUUGCUUUUUGUAUAGUGGGAUUUUUGCUUCACGCUGCAGCUGUAUCCUCCCAAAAAUUGGAUGAUACCAACCCAGUGGUGACCACCAACUUCGGCAAGAUAAGAGGGAUUAAGAAGGAACUCAAUAAUGAAAUUUUGGGGCCUGUUAUUCAGUUUCUUGGGGUUCCAUAUGCUGCCCCUCCGACCGGGGAGCACCGCUUUCAACCUCCUGAGCCGCCAUCUCCCUGGGCUGAUAUCAAAAACACCACUCAGUUUGCUCCAGUGUGCCCUCAGAACAUUAUAGAAGGCAGGUUGCCUGAAGUCAUGCUUCCAGUGUGGUUUACUAAUAACUUGGAUGUAGUUUCCACCUACGUACAAGACCAGAACGAAGACUGCCUCUAUUUAAAUAUCUACGUUCCAACCGAGGAUGUCAAAAGAAUAUCCAAGGAAUGUGCCAGAAAACCCGGCAAGAAAAUUUGUAGAAAAGGAGGUCCCCUUACAAAGAAACAGACAGAUGAUUUAGGUGAUAAUGACGGUGCUGAAGAUGAAGACAUUCGGGACAGUGGGGGACCUAAGCCUGUGAUGGUGUAUAUUCACGGAGGGUCCUACAUGGAAGGCACUGGAAAUUUAUAUGAUGGCAGUGUUCUAGCAAGUUAUGGGAAUGUGAUAGUCAUCACAGUCAACUAUCGCCUUGGGGUACUUGGAUUUUUGAGCACUGGAGACCAAGCAGCAAAAGGAAACUAUGGCCUCCUUGAUCUAAUCCAAGCUUUGCGAUGGACUAGUGAAAAUAUUGGGUUCUUUGGUGGUGACCCACUAAGAAUAACUGUUUUUGGAUCUGGUGCAGGCGGUUCAUGCGUCAAUCUGUUGACUUUAUCCCAUUAUUCUGAAGGUAACCGUUGGAGCAAUUCAACCAAAGGACUUUUUCAAAGAGCAAUAGCUCAAAGCGGGACAGCUCUCUCCAGCUGGGCAGUUAGUUUUCAGCCUGCAAAAUACGCCAGGAUGUUGGCUACGAAAGUUGGUUGCAACAUGUCAGACACUGUAGAAUUGGUCGAAUGUUUGCAGAAGAAGCCUUACAGAGAACUUGUCGACCAGGACAUUCAACCAGCAAGAUACCAUAUAGCCUUUGGACCAGUAAUUGAUGGCGAUGUGAUACCGGACGAUCCGCAGAUAUUGAUGGAACAAGGAGAAUUCCUCAAUUACGACAUCAUGCUGGGAGUUAACCAAGGGGAAGGGUUAAAAUUUGUGGAAAACAUUGUGGAUAGUGAAGAUGGCAUAUCAGCCAGUGAUUUUGAUUUUGCAGUGUCGAAUUUUGUCGAUAACUUAUAUGGAUACCCUGAAGGCAAAGACAUAUUGAGGGAAACGAUUAAAUUUAUGUACACGGACUGGGCAGAUCGACACAACCCCGAGACCAGAAGGAAAACGCUGCUGGCUCUCUUUACUGAUCACCAGUGGGUUGCACCAGCAGUGGCUACAGCAGAUCUUCACUCAAAUUUUGGAUCGCCUACAUAUUUCUAUGCCUUCUACCAUCAUUGCCAGACAGAUCAGGUACCUGCAUGGGCGGAUGCAGCCCAUGGAGAUGAGGUUCCUUACGUCCUAGGAAUCCCCAUGAUUGGUCCUACAGAAUUAUUUCCUUGCAAUUUCUCCAAAAAUGAUGUCAUGUUAAGUGCAGUAGUGAUGACAUACUGGACAAACUUUGCAAAAACUGGUGACCCAAAUCAACCAGUGCCGCAAGACACAAAAUUCAUCCAUACAAAACCGAAUCGUUUUGAAGAAGUAGCAUGGACCAGAUACUCUCAGAAAGACCAACUGUAUCUUCACAUUGGAUUAAAACCACGAGUUAAAGAACAUUACAGGGCCAAUAAAGUGAACCUUUGGUUGGAACUGGUACCUCAUCUGCACAAUCUUAACGACAUUUCACAGUAUACCUCUACCACAACUAAAGUGCCAUCAACUGACAAUACUUUCAGACCGACAAGGAAAAAUUCUGUUUCUGUUACUUCAGCCUUUCCUACAGCCAAACAAGAUGAUCCCAAACAACAGCCAAGCCCAUUUUCAGUGGAUCAAAGGGACUAUUCUACAGAAUUGAGUGUUACUAUUGCAGUCGGUGCAUCUUUGCUGUUCCUGAACAUUUUGGCCUUUGCAGCACUGUACUACAAAAAAGACAAGCGGAGACAUGACGUUCAUAGGAGAUGUAGCCCACAACGUACUACUACCAAUGAUCUUACCCAUGCACAAGAAGAGGAGAUAAUGUCCCUCCAAAUGAAGCACACUGACUUGGAUCAUGAAUGUGAGUCCAUUCAUCCACAUGAGGUGGUUCUUAGGACCGCCUGUCCCCCAGACUACACGCUAGCUAUGAGAAGGUCUCCUGAUGAUAUUCCCUUAAUGACACCCAACACCAUCACAAUGAUCCCCAACACUAUACCAGGGAUUCAACCCCUACACACAUUCAAUACAUUUACUGGCGGACAGAACAAUACUCUGCCCCAUCCUCAUCCCCACCCCCAUUCACACUCAACAACCAGGGUAUAGCCAGACAAGACGAAACAAACUUUUAUUUUUUGAUGGAUUACAGUAGGUGAUAUUACUGAAGAUUACUUGGCUUUCAACCUACAAGACUCUUACUAUUUAAAUAUGGAGGAAUAUUAUGUGAAUAUACAUAUCAAGAACUUUUGGGGUUUUGAAAAAAAAAUGAAUUGUACAUAUAUCAAAUGAACUUAAGAAACAAACAAAAACAAACAAAAACAAAAGGAAAAAAACAAACAAACACAAAAACAAACCAGAAAAACCCAAACGUUUGCAAUUGCUUGAAGCAGUUGUCCUGAAUGAUAUUUUUUUUUCCAUUCACAUUCAAGUAUUAAUUUUGUGAAGAUUUAAGUUACGUAAUGGAAUUAGGCAUGUGCAACACAAAACAGGAGAGAACUAUGACUGAAAAAAAUUAAAAACCUAUAAAUAUGCACAAGGGACACACUAAUGGAAUGUCAGAUAAUUUUCACCAGUUUUUAUUUGGACCUGUUUUCUUGUGUAAACCAUAUUUACAUAUUUGAAUAAGUACACAAAGCACCAAUGCUGUUAAGGCCUUAGAAAGGGGCUCAUGCUGAAAUCUGCCAGUCAAAGAGGUUUUCCAGCCUGGCAGGUACAACGUUAUCACAUAAGUGCUGUCAGUAUAAAAGUUGUGGGAAUAAAGGAAUCUGGAUAUUUUUAGCACGAUGUGCAUGAUAAUUUAUAUGCUUGGUGGCUGUGCUGCUGAUUAAGCCGUAAUUAAAAUUCUUCUCAUCCCAUUGGAGGUUUUAAUGGAAGCUUUCUCCAUCAAUUGGCACAACCUAAAGAAGUUUCUUUUAAAGGGGCAAAAGUAAUUACGGUAAAAUAUUUCAUGGAAGCUUCAGAAAUAGAUGGAAUUGCAACAGUUCUUCAAGGUAUUUGUGGCAUUCCAGGUAUACAGUGGUGAAACCUUGCCGAUACGAAUCCCAGAUGAAAAGAAAUCUGUUUUAUUAAUGCUCUUUUUCCUUCCCACCUAAAUGAUUUCUAACUUUAACAUAACUUCAAUGGAAUCUCUUUUGAUGACGGAUUUAUAAUUUGCUGUGAUUAAGUGACAAUCUAUUUAGUUCCAAUUGGUAAAGUGUGUCCAUAAAUUUGAUUGCAGUGAUCUUUUGUGCUAUAAAAACGCCCCGGUGUUACCGCUCUGAUGACACAUUUCAGUUUAUUGUUUGAACUCAUGUUGCAUGUUACAAAGUUUACUUGCAAUAUAAAGCUCAUUCCCUUUUUUGCUAUACAUCAGCUUUGCCAUUCAAACGAAAUCUCCAGGCCAGAUGGCGACAGUGUAGAGAAAGAGGGUAUGUGAGAAUGGGGAGAGAGCCAGUAAAUGGAAAUUUGGAAGUCUGAGUACUACAUAAGUUUGUGUGAUUUGAAAUGAAUGUUCUAAAACCACAAGAAGUUUUUCAUUCCCCUCUUUGCUUUCCAGUAAUUAUAUACCGCAGUCCUUUCAAAAAUGUUUGUAUAUGUAAUCAGGUGUACAUUUAUAUAAAAGAAACAAUUGAGAUGGACUUAAGAGCACAUCCCUGAUAAAUACUUUCUCUCUUACCUGUACUAUAUUUCUAUUAGACUAAAGUUAUGUGAUUUUUUUUUUACAUUUUUUCAAAUUACUAGCAAUUUUGAUAGUUUGUAAGAUAAUGCGAAGAACUUUCUCUGACAAACUAACUGCAGUAACAGAAACAUUUCUUUUCAGUUACUCUUUUUCAAGAAUGAAAGCUUAUUACACACAAAAAAAAAAUUGUAUACUACUUGAUGGAAAAUUACUUUGUACUUCUUGGCCACGUUACUGGUCACUGAGUGAAAUAAAGAUAAUCUGGAUAACGCAUAUUAUUCCAAUGCUAAGAGACCUGAUCUUUGCUCAUUAAAGAGCUAAAAUGUUUAUUGCUGUUUUGUCAUUUUUUAAUGAAGUAAUGGUAACUGUCUCAAAUAAAGAGUAAUAUCUUAAGACCAGUCUGGCUUUUGAAGACAGGAACAUGCCUUCUACACUUAAUACAACUGCAUACAUAUGUUCCAGUCCCACCUGUAGCCAUGUCUUACAGAAGUACUGACCUUGUGACUGUAUGAGAUCUUAGUACUACAUGCAAAUCUCCCCUAGGAUUCAGGAAUAAGUUAAAAAUAUUAAUGCCAACACCAAAAUAAGCACCAAGGAUUAGGCCUAAUUGAAACCAAUCUAUGGUAUUCUGUGAAGGGACUAAAAAAAAACCCAACCCACCUGGGUUUGACUUGGGUGAUUGAACUUUCACAAAUGAUCACUAGAAGUUCAAAGUGUGUUUGCUAACAUCAAGCACAAAUGUUAAAACCAAAUCUGAAGGGCAAAAUAAAGUACUACAGUGUCACCCAUUGUAUUUAUCUAUUAAGUAUAUAUAUAUACAUAUAUACAUCUAAAAAUCCAUAAAUUUAAUUUGUGCUUGCUACAGUCCCCAGUUUUAAAUUAAGCACUUUUGGUAGAAGCAUAAAAAAAGUCUUCAAAAUCCAGAGUGGUCUGUGUGCAAUUUCUGCCUGAUGUGGUUGUGCUUUUAGACUGUGACCUGCCAAUGUAAAACAAAUAAAAAGAAUUGUCUGCCAUCUGAUAAUUAUUGUUUAAUAGGAAGAUUGUAUUUUGCUAUGUUGAUGAAACAAAACAAAACAACAAUAACAAAAAAAACCAACAAUCAAAAAUAUUGAUGGCCAUAAACCAAGGUCUUCAUGAAAUAUAAUUUUAUGUGCUUUUCUUAACUUUAUCAGAACCAAAAUAACUUUCUACUAUAGUUUAUUUGUGGCCAUAUAUCUAUAUCUCUCUCUAUAUAUGGUAUCUGGUAAUUGUUUACUUUUAUUAGUUACAAAAUAAAUGAUUUAGGUAAACCAAGCAUGACACUACACUUUAUUUCCAUCAGCCAACAGUAUUUAAAAUGUGAAAGAUGAAGGCAACUACGCAAAGUUGAUCAUUCCUGUUUGAAAAGCAAAACCUCUGUUCCUGUGCUUCAGAUACUGUGAAUGCUAUUUUAGUGGCUACUUUAGAAUUACGUUACAGCAGCUGCCUUUCCAAAAGCAAGGUGGUGUCCCAUGGUUUUACACAAUAUUAAGAGAGACCCAGAGAUGUUUUAUAGUUGGAGCAAAAUAAGAACAUAGGAAAUGGUUUUGGAUUAUCUUCAUGGAAUAGAAGUUUGUUCUUUUCAAAAUAUUUAUCUGUUUGAUUUGUUUUCCACAGUAGCCUACAAGAAAGCAACCCUGAGUGUGAUAUUUAAUUUCUUGUAUCGUCCUUGGACCAGACUUCCAAUAAAAUUAGGCUAUCAGUCAGUCUUUGGAAGAUCAGUGAAAAUACAAGAAGCCUGCAUUUAUUGCUUUCACACUUUUGUAAAUAUGUUUGCAGACCUUUUUAAGAACAUGUAUUCCACCAUUUGGAGAAAAAAAAAAAACCAAACAGCAAUGGAAUCAUUGUCUCGUUUAUCUAUUAAAAUUACAGGCAAUAUAAUGUGCUGUGCUGACAUUUCUAGGAGAAAUAAAGCAGAUAAAACCACACUUUGCUCAAUGGUAUCUCAGUUGGUUACACCUGGUAUUCUCCACCCACUGAAGACUUGCAAGGCAUGGAUGAACUACCUGAACAUACUGUUCCCUAGGAAAAUGUGGUGGUUGUUUCUGUUUGUACUAAACAGGGAUUUCUACAUCACAAGGCAUUAAUUAUUGGAUAUUUUGGUUAUUGAAACACUCGGAGAUGAUUUGAGGUCUAACAAAUAAAUGUGUUACAGCCUUAAAGACACCAGUGCACAGAAAACAGCUGAAUUCAUAGGAAGAUGUCAAACAUCAUGACAUACCUUUGACAUUUGUAAGGUGUUGAUUUUUUGUUUUCCUGUGGUGUUAGUUUAAAAUAUUAACUUCUUUUCCCUCCUUUUUCCUGGUAAUGAAUUGUUACUGAUGAUCGCUUUUAAUGUAAGCGACCAUUAGAUAAUUCAGUUAUUAUGAAAAAGUGCUCCCAAAUAAAUUAGAUUAAUGGGAAA